AUGGCACAGGCUGAGAAAAUGGAAAAGAAGUCAUCCCUCAUGAACGUUCUAGAAAUUGAUGGAGUCCCGUUGCCGGUAAUAUCAAAAGAAAUAUGGGCUCGCGUCUGUCAUUUUCAAGCCCGGCCUGAUGAUCUUAUUCUGGCAACUUACCCAAAGUCAGGUACAACCUGGAUACAUGAAAUUUUAGAUAUGAUUCACAACGUUGGUGAUGUGGAAAAAUGCCAACGAGCCACUUCUACAGAUAGACACCCUUUCAUUGAGUUAACAUUUACCCAUAAAGAAAAGCUUGAUUUGGACUGGGCUAUUGAAAUGCCCUCACCACGAAUGUUAAAAACUCAUCUUCCCUCGCAUUUAAUACCACCAUCUAUCUGGAAACAAAACUGCAAGAUCAUCUAUGUGGCCAGGAAUCCCAAGGACUGUCUGGUGUCCUUCUAUCACUUCCACAGGAUGACCUCCAUGCUGCCUGACCCUCAGAGCUUGGAGAAGUUCCUGGAGAAGUUCAUGGCAGGAAACGUGGUUUGUGGGUCCUGGUAUGACCACGUGAAAGGGUGGUGGGCUGCAAAAGACAAGCAUCAGAUCCUCUACCUCUUCUACGAAGAUGUGAAAAAGAAUCCAAAACGUGAGAUUCACAAGAUGUUGGAGUUCUUGGGGAAAACUCUGUCAGAGGAAGUGAUUGAUAAGAUCGUCUACCAUACUUCAUUUGAUGUGAUGAAGCAAAAUCCCAUGGCCAACCAAACUGCUCUACCUUCUCACAUUUUCGAUCACAGCAUCUCAAAUUUCAUGAGGAAAGGAAUGCCUGGGGACUGGAAGAACCAUUUUACUGUGGCUAUGAAUGAGACGUUUGACAAGCACUAUAAGAAGAUGAUGGCAGGGACCACUCUGACCUUCUGUACAGAGAUAUGA